GGGACAAUUUUUCACACACUUUAAUUAAUCAUGUGAAUGGGCGGGGAUGGAGAAGAGUAUAUAAACCCAGGGAUUGAUGAGAAAUGUUACAGCGAGGUUCCAGUAAGAUCUUCACUUACUCUUGAGAACACUUCCUCUGUUACCAAACAUUGUCCAGGUGCCUUUAAAUUCAUCAAGAAAGAAGAACGACAAGCACCAUCAUGUCUUUUGUAAAGUGUGGCGCGAACAAGAACUUCUGCACUAUUGGUCGCUUCCCAGACUUCGCACUGGAGCCGUAUCAUUACCGGAAUUGGCCGUACUAUGUGCCAGUUUGCGAUAACCCUUUUGCCAAACCCUGUGUGGACCCAUGUGCCAAACCUUUUGUGGAUCCGUGUGCCAAACCCGUGGUGGAUCCGUGUGCCAAACCCUGUGUGGACCCGUGUGCCAAACCCUUUGUGGAUCCGUGUGCCAAACCUUGGGUGACCCCUUGUGUUGACCCUUGUGUGAAGCCUUACCCUAACCCUUGUGUAAAUCCUUGUGUUUACCCUUUUGUCAACCCUUGCUUCGAUUACGACUGUAAGAACGUCGUCCUCAAGGACUGUGCAGAAAGUUGCCCAAAUCCUUGUGAUGUGGUACUGCAGGUACGUUCCGUUGACCUCAUCAAAUCCUGGAACUGUCAAAAUCGUCUGGAGCAUCACACCAAUGGUUACCGCAGCGAUCACCUCAUCAUCCGUAGAGGACAAUGCUUUCAAAUGUGUGUCGAGCUGUCCCGACCUUUCAAUCCAAAGGUCGACCAACUUCACCUGGAGCUGAGACUUGGUAAGGUACCAUCGGUCCGCAACGGCACUCUGGUCAUUGUUCCAUUAGUGAACGAAUUCAAGAAAACGCACUGGGAGGCCAAGAUUGUCGAGCAGUCGUGCAAUCGCAUCAAACUGUCUGUUUACUCCCUCGCUACGGCACCUAUUGGACGAUACAAUCUUACCGUAGUAACAAGUGGCCCAAGGGGGCGGGCUUCUUCAGUAUGCAGCCCAUGCAAUGACAUCUACGUGCUGUUCAACCCUUGGUGUAAAGAUGAUUCCGUGUACCUGGAUGAUGAGGCACAGAGAAAUGAGUAUGUGCUGAGUGACGUGGGCAGUAUCUACUAUGGUGCUCACUGUCAGAUCUCUUCAAGAACCUGGAACUUUGGUCAAUUUGAAGCAGGAAUCUUGGAUGCAUGUCUCUAUGUGCUGGAGAAAAGCGGAGCCCCCUGCUCAGGAUGGGGAGACCCCACUAAUGUUGCCAGAGUGCUGUCUGCCAUGAUCAAUUCUAACGAUGACUGUGGUGUGUUGAUGGGUAACUGGUCAAAUUGCUAUGCUGGUGGCAUCGCUCCUACAUCCUGGUGUGGCAGCAGUGCCAUCCUGAAACAAUACCACAAUAGUGGAGGAAUCCCGGUUAAAUAUGGACAGAGUGUGGCCUUCGCUGGAGUCACCAACACUUUGUUGAGAUGCUUUGGUAUUCCUGCUCGUCCUGUUACGAACUUCAGCUCCGCUCACGACACUGAUGUGUCCAUGACCACAGAUGUUUAUUUUGAUGAGAACUUUGAGCUGAUCGAUCACCUGAACCGUGAUUCAAUCUGGAACUACCACGUGUGGAACGAGGCCUGGAUGGCCCGGCCCGACCUGCCAUGCGGUUUCGGGGGUUGGCAGGCGGUUGACUCCACACCUCAGGAGACCAGUCAAGGUUUUUAUCGCUGCGGCCCCACCUCUGUUGCCGCGGUCCGCAGCGGGCAGGUCUUCCUCAAAUACGACACACCAUUCGUCUUUGCUGAGGUGAACAGUGAUAUCGUCUUCUGGCAGCGCACAGCUUGUGGGACCUUUGCUGUGGUCCACGUUGACAAGAACGCAGUGGGUCACUGCAUCAGCACCAAGGCUGUCGGCACAGACAAACGCGUAGAUAUCACACACCACUACAAACAUCCUGAAGGUUCAGAGGAGGAACGCAAAGCCGUGGAAACAGCCGUUCGUCACGGUUCCAAGCGCUGCGUGUAUCCACCACCUUGCGUUGAGGAUGUCAUCUGUGAAAUCAUCAUGCAGAAAGAAGUGGUAUAUGUGGGAAAGGAUGCUGUGCUUUCAAUCGCUCUGAAGAACAAAUGCAGCAGCGCUCGCACCAUCACCCUGAAAAGUCAGGUUUCAGCCGUGUACUACACUGGAGUGCACAAGGCCUUAGUGAAGAAGGACCAGACCUGCUUUGAGCUCAAGGCUUCUGAAUCCAAAGUCAUGGAGUGGACCGUGCGAUAUGAGGAUUAUAAGUGUCAUCUGGUGGAUCAUGCAUCUAUGUUGCUGACUGUCGUUGGACAGGUUGUUCAGACCAAGCAAGUUGUGGCCAGGCGGUUUAACUUCAGGCUGUGUACACCAGAACUUGUUAUUACUCCUGGAUCUGAUUGCGUGGUGGGCAGAGAGGUGCCGUUCAAAAUCACAUUCCAGAAUCCGCUGUCCUGCGUGCUAAAGAACGCCAUUUUCCGUUUUGAGGGGCUGGGAAUGAAGCAGUGCAGAAUGAUCAACUAUGGUGAUAUUGCAAGCUUGGCCACAGUGAACCUGAUGGAGAAAUUCAUUCCCAAGUGCCACGGUCCAUAUAAACUCCUGGCAUCACUCGACUGUCCUCAGCUGACUCAGGUCCAUGGAGGCUGCAACGUUGUCGUCAGAGAAAAGUGAAAAUGCACUCGGAUAACCAAAGGAGUUGCAAUAUAUGGCCCUAAAACCGUUCUCUGUGCUUUUCAUAUGAUUGAUUUGCAGAAUUAAAAUGAAUCUUUUCAUCUUAUGUAACCUAUAUACUCUAUACUAAAGGGUGCAGUUAAUCAUGAGCUUAAAAGAUGAUUUAUGCAAGUCACUUUUUAAGGAUAUGGGGUUGAUUUUUGGUGUCACAAUGAUUAAGAAAGUUGUAGGUUUAGUCUACCCAAGUGAAAGUUUGUGGUUAUGGUUUGAUAUUUUUUUUCUUCUUAGCUGGAUAAAUAAUCUGUGUUGCAUCAAUAAAAGUCUUUCAA